AGAACUGCGUGCGAAUUAUGCUCAUCACGACUGCUGCUGCUUGCUGUCAUUCAUGAAGCUUGUUCUUCUCUGCUGAGCUUGUCCCCCCUAGAUAAUCGCAAGUCUUAUCAUCUGACCUGUGACCGGUCUAGCUCACCAUGAGCUCCCCGGCCAAUGGACUUUUAGACGGCAAUGCCAGCCCCUCCGGCAAGAAUUAUGACUGCGAGAAGUCCACCAAACCGUCAUUGUCCGGCAAAAACGCUUGGCUCGGCGAGGGCAAGCUGCCCGAGGCGAUGGACGAUGGGGAGCAGCAGAUCAUUGAGGCCGGCGAGGCCAAGUACCACCGUCUGGGGUGGAAGGGUCUCACUAUCAUGCUGAUUGUGGAGGCGAUCGGAUUAGGCUCGCUGUCGAUUCCCUCCGCGUUCGCAACGCUCGGCAUGGUCGCCGGCGUUAUCUGCUGCGUCGGCAUCGGCCUGAUUGCCAUCUACACCUCCUACGUGAUUGGACAGGUCAAGCUGGCCUUCCCGGCUGUUCGGCAUUAUGGCGAUGCGGGGGCCCUGCUGAUGGGCCCCUGGGGCAACGAGCUAUUCACCUUCAUGUUGAUCUUGCAGCUGAUAUUUUUGACGGGCUCGAACUGCCUGACCGGCACUAUCGCCCUGCAGCACAUCACCGGCAGCGGCAUCUGCUCUAUCAUCUUCAGCGUCGUCUCGGCUAUCAUCCUGCUGCUGCUGUCCAUCCCGUCCUCCUUCGCGGACAUGGCCUGGCUCGGGUACCUGGACUUUGUGUCGAUUGUCGCCGCUAUUGGCAUCACCAUCAUUGCGACAGGCGUCCGGGGUACGAACUCGGUUGGCGGCCUCGGCGCCGUCACCUGGUCGGCCUGGCCGCAGGGAGACCCGAGUUUCUCGGACGGGUUCAUCGCCAUCAGCAACAUCGUGUUCGCGUACACCUUCGCCAGCUGCCUGUUCUCGUUCAUGGACGAGAUGCACACGCCGCGGGACUUCACCAAGUCGAUCUGGUCGCUGGGCAUCCUGCAGAUUGUGAUCUACACGGUUACCGGCGCGACCAUUUACGCUUUUGUCGGGCUGGACGUGCAGUCGCCUGCGCUACUGUCGGCGGGAGCGCUGGUCAGCAAGAUCGCCUUUGGCAUCGCCUUGCCGGUCAUCUUCAUCUCCGGGGCGAUUUGCACCAUCGUUGCGGGCCGUCUGAUUCACGGCCGCAUCUACGCCAACAGCGUGACCAAGUACAUCAACACGACCAAGGGCUGGGUCACCUGGCUGAUAUUAAUCACCAUCUUGACCAUCCUGUCGUGGGUCAUCGCUGAGGCAAUCCCGUUCUUCGAUGAUCUCCUGUCCAUCGCGUCCGCGCUGUUCACCUCGGGUUUCUCGUUCUACCUGCCCCCGAUCCUGUGGUACGUGCUCAUCCGCGAAGGGCCGUGGUACUCGCGCGAGAACCUGUUGACCAGCCUCGUCAACUUUUUCGUCUUCAUUUUCGGGCUGAUCGUGCUUGUCGGGGGCAUGUACUCCAGUGUUCAGGAUAUUGUAAGUAUUUUGCUGGUCUGGCUUGUCUGGUGUAUAACCGUACUAACGAGCACGACAGAUCAAUAAUUACCGCGCAGGUGACGUCCGCUCUCCGUUCACUUGCGGAAGUGUGAGCUAGAUGGGCACCUUGUUCAUUUUUGUUUUGGUUGCAUUUGCAUAGGACGACUUGAUUAAUGGCAUUUAAAAGAAUUGACUGAUGGUACUGAAAGACCUGCAUGAAAAGUUACCGAGCGAACGAAUUGAUGCUCGGAUGUGGCAUAAGCAUGAUCAAAUAUUGGAUUGCUUCGUUUGUUGUAUUAAUAUCAUGAGGAAACGGCAACGCGUGAUGCAUUCAUUCUUGCUUGCAUUGGAGU